AUGACAGAACACACCGAAAUGAAGAGAAUACCAGAGCAUUGUAAACUGUUUGAAAUGGUACAAUACCAAUGUGAAGCCAAUAUAAAUAACAUAGAAUGUACACCUUUUGUCCGUUUAUUUCUAAAAUGCACAGGGUUACCCACUGUCGAAGUGACGCCUGAAUAUGAUCAAUAUGGUGAUCCCGUUGCUAGUCCAGUAUCGACACUGCCUUGCACAAAAGGAGAACAGCAUAACGCAUAA